GCACUCACUUUACAGAUUGCCUUUUUCUCCCCCCCCUCCCCUUUUUUUUUUUAACUAUGCACACAGUGCCAAACGCUGCGCACGCAGCCCGCGCACACACACACACACACACUCAGACACUCAUCACACACUCGCUAGAUGGAUGCCUGCUCUCGUGUGCGGAUCAUGCUCCCGCUACGCGCUUCUCUUUAGAUCUGAGCCGAAGCUCCUGUAGGAUUUGGCACCAUGAAACCUGUUGCAACGGCACGGCGGACUACGCGGCGUGACCUGUAGUGUCGUUUUUGGAGGGAUGGAGGAGGAGGCGGCGGGGAUGAAUUCGGCUGCCUUUUUGCCAACUUUUACUCAUCGUCUCCCUCAACUUGUCUGAUUGUGUUUGAAGCGUCACAGCAUGCAGACUGAUGACAAGAUCCCAGUUGUCAGUUCUUCGUCAAGCCCCCAAGACAACGGCGAGGGCCUCCACUUCUCGGACGGCCGACGGAAAGUCGACUACGUCCUGGUGUUCCACCAGAGAAGACACGCCUCCGUCCGCUCCCCCGCCAGCACCUCGGUUUCCCACGACCGACUCUCCAUCGUCUCCAACGGCAACUUCCCACAGGGCUCGGACGGCAAAGGCGGGGGCGGCGUGGUGGGUGGGGAGGCCGUGAGCGUCGGCGAGGUGUUCAUGGAGCUGGACAGCGGAGAAGCCAACGAAGCGGCCGAGCCCGCCGACCACGAGAUGCAUCUGAUCAGGCAAGAGUUCGAGGCCAAUCUGCUGGAGGCCGGCUUGGAGAUCGAAAGAGACAAAGAGGUGAAGGCUCAUGGUCUGAGCUUCACCCGCCUCCACGCACCCUGGCCGGUGCUGUGCAGGGAGGCGGAGUUUCUCAAAAUUAAAGUCCCAACCAAGACGCGCUACGACAUUAAAGAGGAAAGUGCGUUAAGCAGUAGCGUGUGGAGGAAGCUGAAACAGCUUUUCCAGCCCAAAGUACGCCCUCAGGACCAUGGACCCACCAAGUUCCUCACCCAUUGCUUCUCUCGGGACAAGCUCCACCUGUACAACAUCACAUCGAAAGACUCCUUCUUUGACAACGCCACCAGGGGGCGCAUCGUGUACGAAAUCUUGAGGAGGACUGUUUGCGUACGAAGCUGUCAAACCAUUGGUAUCACGACAUUGAUAGCGAAGGGCGUCUACGACUCUGCCUUCCCUCUUCACGAUGGAGAUUACAACGCCACGGGCCAUCCCGAGGAGAGGAACGACCGGCAGAUUCUCCACGAAGAGUGGGCCCGAUACUCGGCCUUCUACAAAUACCAGCCCAUUGAUUUGGUCAGGAAGUACUUUGGAGAGAAGAUCGGCCUCUAUUUCGCCUGGCUCGGCGUCUACACUCAGCUUCUCGUGCCAGCCUCCAUCGUGGGAAUUAUCGUUUUUGGCUACGGGGUAGCGACGGUGGACACAAACAUACCCAGCUUGGAGAUGUGUGACGAGCGUUUCAAUUUCACCAUGUGUCCCCUGUGCGACGGAGCCUGCGAUUUCUGGCAGCUGAGCACGGCCUGCGGCACGGCCAGGGCCUCGCACCUGUUCGACAACCCCGCCACCGUCUUCUUCGCCAUCUUCAUGUCACUGUGGGCCGUGUUGUUCCUGGAGCACUGGAAGCGUCGCCAGAUCAGUUUAAGCUUCAGUUGGGAUCUGACCGGCAUCGAGGAUGACGAGGAACACCCGAGACCAAAAUACGAAACCAUCCUCCUCCAGAAGAGGCAACGGAAGCAGAAAAACAACAAGAAGAAGAAGAAGAAGAAGAAAAAGAAUCAGGUUGCUAUCGAGAAGUUAACCUGGAAAGACCGCCUUCCUGGAUAUUGCAUCAAUGUUUCCUCCAUUCUUUUCAUGUUCGGUUUGACCUUUUCGGCCGUUUUCGGGGUCAUCAUCUACCGCAUCACAGUGUCGGCGCUGAUGGCCAUGAGCCCCGACCCGGAGACAAAGUCCAAUGUGCGCGUGACGGUGACGGCCACGGCGGUCAUCAUCAAUUUGGUGGUUAUUCUCAUCCUGGAUGAAAUCUAUGGUGCUGUGGCGGUGUGGUUGACAGAGCUUGAAAUCCCCAAAACGGAGACCAACUUUGAGGAGCGUCUCAUCCUCAAAGCCUUUUUGCUGAAGUUCAUGAACGCGUACGCUCCCAUUUUCUACGUGGCGUUCUUCAAGGGACGGUUUGCCGGUCGACCGGGAAGUUACGUGUAUGUCUUUAAUGAUUAUCGAAUGGAAGAGUGCGCACCGGGGGGUUGCCUGAUCGAGUUGUGCAUUCAGCUCAGCAUCAUCAUGCUCGGGAAGCAGCUCAUCCAAAAUAACAUCUUUGAGAUUGGCAUCCCGAAGUUGAAGAAGCUAGUGCGUACGCUGAAGGAUAAAGGAGUCGAGAAGAAGGAGGAAGAUGAGAAACCUCCUCAGCAGUGGAACCUGGACUACGCCCUGGCUCCCUUUGAGGGCCUCACGCCUGAAUACAUGGAAAUGAUUAUCCAGUUUGGCUUUGUCUCGCUCUUCGUGGCCUCCUUCCCUCUCGCGCCCCUUUUCGCCCUGCUGAACAACGUCAUCGAAAUCCGACUGGACGCCAAGAAGUUUGUGACUGAGCUCCGCCGGCCGGUCGCUGCCCGCGCCAAAGACAUCGGUAUUUGGUACAACAUACUAAGUGGCAUGGGAAAAUUCUCAGUCAUAAUAAAUGCUUUUGUGAUAUCCUUCACGUCGGACUUCAUCCCUCGCCUCGUCUACCAGUACAUGUACAGUCAAUCGGGGACCAUGCACGGCUUCAUCGACCACACGCUCUCCUACUUCAACGUGUCCAACUUUAAACCCGGCACGGCGCCGCACAAUUCCGACCACGCCGAUGUCUCCGUCUGCAGGUAUAAGGACUACAGGGAACCCCCUUGGUCUCCAGAUGCGUACCACUUCUCCAAACAGUACUGGAGUGUCCUGGCGGCGAGGUUAGCCUUCGUCAUACUCUUUCAGAACCUGGUGAUGUUCCUCAGCCUGGUGGUAGCCUGGGUGAUCCCGGACAUUCCCAAAACCAUCGUGGAGCAGCUGAAGCGGGAGAAGAAGCUGCUGGUGGACCUCUUCCUACGAGAGGAGAAGGACAAAUUUCAGCUCAUCCAGAGCCUCUUCGCCAAGGACGCUCCCGUCCCUCCGGCCGGCCAUGUCCUCCCCCUCCCGGGGCGCUACAACACGCUGCCCCAGUGUCCGACUCAGGCGCCAGAUGACGACGACGGAGGGCCCAGGGCGAGGUGCAGGGCGGCCAGUUUCGGCUUAUACACCAGGAAGGUCCCCCCGUCACCCAGAAACGAAAAUUCCAGACACACAGCUGUGUGACAUCUCGACAAGAAUGUCAUGUUUGGGUGAUGCCUUCCUGUAAAUGCCAUUUUGAUGUCCUGGCGUGAAAGAUCACUGGUUUUGUCCUUCCUGCUGACCGUUUUUCUUUUUUUUUACUUCAAAAUGGAGCUUCCCGCUUCAUUGCGUAGACAAGCAAUAAUAUCGUUAUUGGCUGAAUAGCAUUCUAAAAGAGAUUGUAGAUUACACAAAUAGAUUGAUCCAGAAUUAAACAGUGAUAAAAAUAUAAUUGUACUUUCCAGGCUCCGGGGUUGGGAAGCUCAAAUAGCUUCAAAUAGCCCCAAAGUGUCGAUUGUACCUUCAGGGACAACAAACGGACUCCUACUUGGAAUGUAGUCCUGUUCUUUUUUUUUUUUUCUCCUCGAUAAAUGAAUGGAUGGAAAUCGUUUCUCGGUCCACUUUUGGAAUAUUUCUGCUUCACGUGCUUAAUGAUGCUCUUUGUAGAUAUUUAUUUUCAACUCGUAGCAGACGGAACAUCAGAUUCGAUAGACUUACUGUACGUAUUGUUAGCGAAAGCUCGUUUCCUGAAAAUGCAAAUUGUUUCCAUUCUCUGUUUACAUUGAAUGUUUCAAGUUUUUCCAUUGCCAGUAAUUAUUCCUCGGGUACAUUCGCAGCCCUCCAUGUUUGACACAUGCCAAUUUGCUCAGAGUGAUAUAUGAUGUAAUGUACUUCCUGUUUUAGAAAAACAAUCUUAUUUGUUGCAGCACUGAAACUGAGCACAGUCCGACUCAUUUGAAUCCACGCACAGAGAAACUCACAUUCAAGUCAACUGUUUUUCCGAUUUUGAAGUAACCGAGCAUUUACUUUUGCUGAUUACAGUGUUAAGUCAUAGCUGCUGUCAUAACAUGCUGCAAAAAUGUCAUUUGUGUUUUCAGAGGCCUUGUACAUGCUCUUUGUUUUUGCCAUGACAACAUCUGUGUGCUCACGUACUAUCCAGCAGAGGACUGUUAAAUUAUUUAUGUAUUUUAGAUUGACUUAAAACGAGCAAAUUGUGACCGUGGUACAUUCUUAAGACUACAUACAUGAAAUACAUAAUUGUUGGAUGUCUUACAAAAAUAAUUUGAACGCUGUCUUAUUAUGUUCUUUUUUUUUCUAUAUCUCUUCUGCCUUUCUGUAAUGUGAAGUCCAAAUAAAAGUAUUAAAUGGAGGACGGUUAAAAUGGAGAGAAUAAAAAUGAAAGGAUGUACCCUUGGCAACCCUUUUCAUACAUUUUUUAAGUACGUUUUGUUAUUGUUUGUCGUAAAUUUUAUAUAGGGGCUAACUGUUCCUAAAAAAAAAAGGUAAUGAAUUGUUUUUCCCUUUUUUUCUGUUCUUUUAUUGAUUGUAUUUUGUCAUUUUUAAAGGCACAAUGACGACUCAUGUAACCCUCACAAAAAAUAGACAAUUCAAGAAUUAAGCAGGCUGAAUGCGAAGAUUAUUGUGACAUGCUUUUUUAAUUUUAUUUAACAUACUUU